AUGGCUCACUACAAGCAUCUUUAUGCAAAAAAACAGAAUUCCCUGGACUUGUUUCAAUUCUCUUCCUUUGUUCCUGAAACAAUGGCUUCGGAUAACACAGCACGCUUUUAUCUGCUAUCAGCUCCCUUUGUAUCUCUGGGAGGACUUUCACCAUACGAGAAAGAGAUAUCAAAGAUUCCAGCACCUGUGAAAAAACGUUUCUUCCGCAAUCAAGCUGGACUCACCAAUCGCUGGCAAUUUCCAUUCAGCCUAAGCUGUGACUUACUAGGAAUUUCACAAACUAAUAAAGCUAAACGAACUGGUCUUCAUGAGAACUUGAUGAGAAUAAUGUCAGCUGAUACACCUGUGCCUCUGGGGGAAGAACAUGUGGCCUGGAAAGUAGGUGCAGAACUUCUCAAAGAAUCAAGCAGGCAUUCUUUUUCAACUAUACCUCCCAAAAUCAAACACAGACCGAGGAUAUUCUCCCACCAAGGAUCUCCCAAUGAGGUGCUUUUUUCUUAUACACAGAAGAUCACAGAAGGCAUGGAACCAGAUGUAACCUUGGACUGUUUGGGCUAUGAAUGGGAACUUCAUCGAAUGUAUUUAUUUAAGUCCCAUGUACUUUCACAGCUUCUUGCUGAAGCAGUACAGAAUAGUGAGUCCCCAAACUCAAAAAGCCCACCGAAGCCUAAAAAAGGUAUUGAAAUCCAUUGUUAUAAACGAUGUCUGCUAACUGGUCAUAAACUUGACGAAUUCUGCAAACAGAAGGAAAAUUUGCCCAGAGUCACCAUUGUUUUGAAGAUUACUGAUCAAGAUGUCACUCGGUUUG